AUGUCUGUCAUAACCAAUCCACGUCUUGCGCGGCUAUGGCAAGACGCUCAAACUCACCCUGAGUGGGCGACCACGCGACUGUGGGAGUACUUGUUCAACCAUAUCGUUUUCACUGACGACAACUUCAUCGUCUCCUCCCAGCAGCCACCGACACACCAGCCGGGCGAGCUAAGGCGCGUCGAUCUAGUUAUCGAGAAAAUGGAUAGUACGGCGACAACCAUUGGGACACUCCUUUUUCUAGAGGCAAAGAGAGCGAGCGCCUCGCGUACCGAUAUCGAAGAAGUGGAAUAUCAGGCGUUCACUGCUGCGUGCGCAUAUUAUAUUGAAACUGGGCUUGAGCCUAUCUGGACCAUGACCUGCGUUGGUAGUGCGGCACGGUUAUGGAUAUUUUCCGGUAGUAGCGAUUUCCUCAUACCAUUUGUCCCUUCCGAUGGGGGAUUGGGCUUGCCAGAGCAAAGCGAAUACCUGGACAUCUCCACUCAUGGUCGCGAGAUCCUCGACGGCUUGGAGUAUAUCAAAAAGCAUACGACGCCCCCGGCAGAGUUGCUCCGCAAUUCUCCAUCACCCCGGCCGGCUAACGCAACGCUCCCCGUCAACUGGCACGAUAACGAGGUUGCUCAGUUGGAUGCUCGCCGUCAGCAAGGAGAUAUUGUUCCGAUGGCAGCCGCCCCACUCCCUAUGGACCUUAACCAGGACGAACACGGGAUUAGCUACGGGUCUGGAAAUGAAAGAUUCGCUUGA